UCGGAUUACAUAAUUUAGCGUACAGAUGAGAGCAAAUGUUGCGCUCUUUUAGAGGUCACACUUGGGAGAGUUGGGAAUGGGAUCCGGACAGUAAAUCUCCUGAUGCUCAUCUGUCUCUAUGCCGACAAGCUGCAUAUUUUCAUGUCAGCCCUCUGUUGGACAGUCAGGGCACUGCAGGGGUCAGAGGCACCAAAGGUUUCACUCACGGUGAGCAUUACUGGAAGAUCGAGUUCCUAGAGCCUCCUUAUGGAAGCUCUGUGAUGGUGGGGGUUGGUACCCAAAAUGCACUUCUGCACACAGGGGAUCAAAAGUUUGUUAACCUCAUAGGCAUUGACAGUGAGAGUUGGGGUCUAUCAUACAAAGGCUUUGUCUGGCAUAAUGGAAGGAGUCGAAAAUACACAGAGCCUUUUUAUGAAAGAAAUACAGUCAUUGGGGUUUUGCUGGACUUGAACACUGGAACACUGACGUUCUUCCGAAAUGGAGUGAACCUUGGGGUGGCCUUCACUGGGCUGGAACAGGUCAGCAAGGCUCUGUAUCCUCUGGUGAGCUCUACGGCCCCUGAAACUGAGCUUCAGCUGGGUGUGAGGAGCCAGAGAAUCUCCUCCCUACAGGAACAGUGCAUACACAUCAUCACACAUUCCCUCUCACAUUAUAGACACGCACACAAAUUACCAUUACCCACAUCUCUGCUCUGUCAAAUACACACACAUGCGCAUUUAUAAGCGAGACAUGACCUGUUUCUGAUUCAUGUAGAACAUGCCAACCUCAAAUAACAACACAAUUAUAUCUAGUGCAACAGAUCCAUUUUAUAUGCAGCCUUCCUCAAAAAUAAUCUUAUAUUUUUAUUACUUCAUUUGAACAAAA